GAGAGAGGCAGCGAUGGGAAGCGAGGACGAGAGGGUUCUGGAGAACCUGCUAGAGAUUCAGUUGCAGGAGCAAAGAGACUCUCUUGCAACCCUCAACGACGCCUUAGCCUCCGACCCCACCAAUCCCGAGCUCCGCGCUCUUCAAGAGGAGGUUAUUCAGGCAAUCAAAGAUGCUGAGGAAGGGCUUCUGCACCUAAAACGUGCAAGGUUAUUACGAGAAGUCGAUUCAGCUCUGGCUCCUUCUCAUCAUGCCAGUAAGGAUGCUAAGGCAGAGACUCUUGAUCCAACGCAGCCUCUUGAGGAACCAAGCUACAGUGUUGGAUCAAAGUGUAGGUUCCGUCACUCUGAUGGACGUUGGUACAAUGGUCAAGUUAUAGGACUGGAUGCUUCUAACAAUGCAAAGAUUGCUUUCCUCACUCCUACUUCUGAAAAUAUGCUGAUUUGCAAAUUCUUUCUACAACAACGAUGUCGAUUUGCUAGCAACUGCCGCUUAUCACAUGGAGUUGAUGUGCCACUCUCCUCUCUGAAGAUGUAUACCCCAACUAUGUGGGAGGAGUCACUAGUAGGGUCAAGUAUUUGGGCGGCCUCAGACGGUGAAGAUGGUGUUUGGAGGAAAGCUGAACUUGAAUCAUGGGAUGGUUUACUUGGGGUUGGAAGAGUUGUUUUCCAAGAUGAUGGAAGCUCUGCAAAUCUUGGGGAAGAAUCUAUAACAUUAUCUGAGUUUGCUCAAAUGAGUGAUGAAGAAGAUUCUAGCUCAGAAAACUCUGAUUAUAGUGAGUAUGAAGAUGAGGCCCCUCAGGGUGUAGGAUUUCUUGAAAGCACCCUACUACAGAGGGGCAUUCAGACUGAAACGAGCAUAUUUGCUAAGUGGGAGAACCACACCCGUGGUAUUGCAUCCAAGAUGAUGGCCAAUAUGGGUUACCUUGAAGGGACAGGUCUAGGCGCAUCUGGGCAGGGUAUUGUAGAUCCCAUCUCUGUGAAGGUCCUUCCACCAAAGCAAUCUCUUGAUCAUGCAGUGGAAUCUUGUGAAAAGGAAGAGGGUGAAGGGACUCAAGGAAAGAAGCGUAGCAGAGGUGGUAAAAGAAAACGUGACAAGAAGUUUGCUGCAUUGACAAGAGCAGCGAAAGAAGUGGAGUCAACACCUGAUAUGUUUAGUUUUAUUAAUAGCCAACUUGCUAUUCAUGGUGAAGCUUCAAACGGUGGAACAUCAAAGAAGCAGAACAAAGGGUCAGGGGAGGGGAAGAAAGUUGAUAGGCGGGAUUUGGUGGCCUACGAGGAUGAAGUGAAGGAGCUGAAGAUGCGAGUAGGAAAACUUGAAGAGAUGGUGAGUAGAAACAAAAAAGAGAAGGUGGUUUAUGAAGCUGCAAUGAGAAAAUUGAUUGAAACUCGCAAAGUCUUAGCAGAGGCGGAGACAGCUCAGGCUUCGGCAUCAAAUGCGGUUGUCAGUAGAGAAAAAGAGAAGAGAUGGCUUAAGUUUUAGGAUCAGCAUCUGUAUAUCAUUUGCAGGCAUAGGCACACAAAUAUGCUAACUUUGUGGAACUAUGAAAGGGUUUGUAGGUCACGAUUGGUAUGUGAUCACAGGGAUAUUGUUGUAAUGUUGUGCCUUAAGUUAAAAUUAAUAUUCGAGUAUGGAUCAACA